AUCUGUUUUGUGUGAAGACAGACACACACUAGAAGUCUAGAAGAAGAAGAGUUGUUCGUCUGUUAGGUUAGGUUCUCACCGUCAAUCAAAAACACCUCUUUUUUUUCUUCGUGUUUUUCAUCUUCAUCUUCUCUUUUAUCUUUCAGAAAUUUCUGAAACCCUAAUUUAAUCUAUUUAUUAAAUUAGGAUUUAGGGUUAUUUAUUGUUAUUAUGAGUAUGGAAAGGAUUGUAGGUGCAAAGUAUAAGUUAGGAAGAAAGAUCGGCAGUGGAUCCUUUGGUGAAAUCUACCUUGCAACACAGAUUGAUACAAAUGAGAUCUUUGCUGUUAAGAUUGAAAACACAAAGACAAAGCACCCACAGCUUCUAUAUGAAGCAAAAUUGUAUAAUAUUCUUCAAGGAGGAAGUGGUAUUGCGGGGAUAAAGUGGUUUGGGGUUGAUGGGGAAGAGAAUGUUUUGGUCAUUGAUUUGUUGGGACCGAGUUUAGAAGAUCUUUUUGUAUACUGUGGAAGGAAAUUUUCUUUAAAAACAGUCUUAAUGUUGGCUGAUCAAAUGAUUACAAGAAUUGAGUAUAUGCACUCUAAAGGAUUUUUGCAUCGGGACAUCAAACCAGAUAACUUCCUCAUGGGUCUUGGUCGGAAAGCAAAUCAAGUCUAUAUCAUUGAUUUUGGACUUGCUAAAAGAUAUCGGGAGUCUACCACUAACCGCCACAUUCCUUAUAGAGAGAACAAAAGUUUAACAGGGACUGCUCGAUAUGCGAGUUGCAAUACUCACCUUGGCAUUGGUAUGCAAAAAUUUGACAUAGCUUUCUUUUUUGAAUUAACUAGAAGUGAGUAUUUCCACUACUCACAAUGGUUUCCUUCUGCAGAACAAAGUCGGCGAGAUGAUUUGGAGUCUCUUGGUUAUGUGCUUUUAUACUUUUUAAGAGGAAGUCUUCCCUGGCAGGGUUUAAAAGCUGCUACAAAGAAGCAAAAAUAUGACAAGAUAUGUGAGAAGAAGCUAUCCACUCCUAUUGAAGUUUUGUGCAAGUCCCAUCCGGUGGAGUUUGCCUCGUACUUCCAUUACUGCCAUUCUUUGACGUUUGAUCAACGACCAGAUUAUGGUUUCUUAAAACGCCUAUUCCGUGAUUUGUUUACUCGUGAAGGACAUCAGUUCGAUUACAUAUUUGACUGGACUAUCCUAAAGUACCAGCAAGCACAAAAGACAAAAGUUCAGCCACGGGGGCCUCCACCUCCUAUAGCGACUGGAAGUCGAGCAAUGCCAACAGAUGCUAACAAGCAUAGAGUUUCAGGUGGAAAUGGUGCUGCUUAUUCGGCUGAGGUCACCGACCGCCUUGUGUCCACUGAUGGUACUCGUCCUGGGAUACGGAUGCAAUUUAAAUCAUCAACACAGAGGAUUUCGAGUUCUAGUAGGCCUAUGGAGAAUUCUAAAAUGAGCAGCUUCGCUGAAAAUGGGCAUGCGACGUCUAGCACAGCUGCUAUUGCUGGUUCCUCCAGUAGAAUUGCUUCACAACCUAUGGUGACAACUGAAACUUCAACCCUUGGGCAUGCCUCAGGCAGCAGGAAUGGUCAUCCGAGUAGCUGGUUUCCAUCGUUACAGCGAAAUUCUUCUGCUAAAUAAUUGCAAAAGGGCCAAACAAGAAGAAUCAGUGAAUCCAUAUUCAAGAGGCUGUGAAAGUGCAAGGCAUUUUAAAUUGCUCACGUCCCCUACAGCCUUCCAGAUCACGAAUAGCAGUUCCUCAAACGCAACAGCAGCAAUCAUUCUGUGGCAGCUGAAAUGAAGUGAUCAAGUGAGAAGUAGUUCAUGCUGUUCUGCCAGCUGGAACUUAUUACUCACGGGACUCUUCAAGCUUUACGAUUGCAUGUAAACAUGAGUGAGAAGUGAAGCCUUUCGUCGUUCUUCUGUUGAUAGUAGUUUAUAAGUUUUAACUAUAGGUACUCAGAAAGUUCUCCGGCAUCUAGUAGAACAGAGUCUAGAAAACAGUGAAUCACAUGGCAACAAAGUUCAACAUCUGGACCAAUAUGAAGUUUACAGCGCAAGCAAGAGAGAUUCUUAAUCUCGAGAAUCACAGGUUUUGGUUGACAGAGAGCCAUUAAAGAGGUAUUCUGCGCUUAUUCAGCUCGGUUGACCUUCCAAGUAUCCUUCACAAAAAUUCUUCUUUCCGGUUUUUGUACUCUAUCACUUUAUUUUUGCGUGGCAGCUAAUUUUUGGUCGGGUCAUCACAGAACCUGAUAGGCUUGUAAAUAGAAAGAUAUGAAAGCUACAUAAUCUGACAGAAGAUCUAACAAAAUUUAUGACCUAA